AUGGUCUACGUCUACGCCCUGAUGAAUGCAAGCAGAUGUGGAUCUCUUCGAGAACUUGAACGGGAAUCAGGAUGCUCCUUUGUACGACUGGUGGAUCGCAGAGGACGUAAACUCUGGAUCCUAAAAGGCAAUGCACCUACGAAAACUGCUGAGGAUAAUAAUAAGGGUGCCAUCUGUGUUGAAAUCAACGCGCUGAUGUCUAAAAUCCACAGCGAGCAGGUGGUCAUUGUCGGAAUCGACGCAAAUGCGAAGAUGGGACUUGAACGACAGUCAAAUGUGCUGGGAAAAUGCGGAGCACAGAUGAGAUAA